CAUACAGAGAGCAGCCGCCUGCAAGUCUGGCAACUUGGGAAUGGUGCUGCUGCCAGUGCAAGUGCAGGCCGGUAGACCUUGGCCUCGGGAAAGAGCUAGGAUGGCCUCCCAGUUUGAGAUGAAUGCACAAAAACCUGCAAGGCGCAUUGGGGCCAGUGCUUCUCGGGGCCGCCUGAUAGACGUUGUAUGACGCACUUGGGUUGGCUCGCGGUGCUCCGGGGUCUGCUGUAACUGCAUUCGAUCGAUCAGUCAAAUCACAUCACUCGCACUGCCUUGUUGGUGAAUUUGACCAAGCUGCCCAGGUGCUAUUUAAGUGGCACAUCCCCUCACUUCCCAAUCACUUCGUCGCAACUCGAUUCUUUUCUUCGCAACCAAACGUCUCACUACAACAACUUGGACUUCUCAUAACCGCUCGACGACUUUUUACCACUAAACUACAUCUUCGCUGAACACGACUGUCUCCGCACGUCAACAAUAUGGCCUUCACCGCUAGCGAUAUCUGCAAGAUCAUCCUUGCCAUCAUCCUCCCGCCUCUGGGUGUCUUCCUGGAGCGAGGGUGCGGCGCUGACCUGUUAAUCAACAUUCUGUUGACGAUUCUGGGUUACAUUCCGGGUAUCAUCCAUGCCUUGUAUGUUGUCUCUCUUACUCGGGUGAACAAGACAUCAUCCACAUGUGAUCGUUGCUAACAUUCUCUCCAGGUACAUCAUUUUGAAGUACUAAG